GUCCAAAAGAAAACUAAAAAAUAAAAUAAAAAUCAUAGUUAAAUUGAAAGAGCAUGUGCAGCGCGCAGGGAAGGCAUAUGCUCUCUCGCUGAGUCUGACCUCUCCACCCGCAACCCAACCAAUCUUUUCUUUUUCUUUUCCUUGUAGAUCUAAAAAAACAAUGAAAGAAGGGAAAUCUGCUGCUAAAUUGAACAACAGUAAUAAUCAACAGCAACACCAGCAUCAAAAUGGGCACUUUUCUCCUUCCAAAUUCGCCAAAUUGUUGGAUCCUGAGGCCUCUUGGGACAAGGAUCAAUUGGGAGAUGUGUUGCAUUGGAUUAGGCAAGUUGUUGCCCUCGUUUGCGGUAUACUAUGGGGUACUAUCCCUUUGGUCGGCGGUAUUUGGAUCGGCCUUUUUCUGUUGAUUUCCUCUGGGAUUAUAUAUGGUUAUUAUGCAAUGAUAUUAAAGAUCGACGAAGAUGAUUUUGGUGGUCAUUCAGCUCUCCUCCAAGAAGGGCUCUUUGCUUCUAUCACUCUAUUCCUGCUAUCGUGGAUUCUAGUGUACAGCCUGGCCCACUUCUGAUUGGAUUGAUACACCAAUCUGGCUGCUUCUGCCUAUCUAUCUUUAAGCAAUGUUCUUACUCUGUUAAUCACAUCUACAAGGCACCAUUGCUUAUGCCCCGAGAACAAUGAGAAAGUUGCUUGCAAUUAUUGUAUGUUGUCUACUUUUUGAUUGUGCACCAUCAUUACACGUAGCAUGAACAUGCUAACUUUUGAUUCAUGGUAUUUAUUUUAAAGUGUCUUCAUAAUUUUUCCUCGAAA